AUGACAGCCCAGAGUAGGCAAAAGAUCUAUGAGGACAAGAGAGUUCGAUCGUUGGAGUUCAUGAAGGGUGACCGCAUUUGGCUCCGAGUGUCUCCCAUGAAGAGCAUGAUGCGGUUCGGGAAAAAGGGCAAGCUUAGCCGUCAGUUCAUUGGCCCAUAUGAUAUUUUGGGGCGAGUAGGAGAUGUGGCUUACAGAUUGUCCUUGCCAUCUAUCUUGUCAGUUGUGCAUCCAGUAUUUCAUAUUUCCAUACUCCGAAAGUAUGUUCUAGACAAGUCUCAUGUGAUCUCCUUUGAUUCGGUAGAGUUGGGCCCAGAUUUGACAUUUGAGAAGGAGCCCAUAACCAUUCUUGACAGACAUGUCCAUAAGCUUAGGACCAAGAAGAUAGGUUCAGUGAAGGUCCAGUGUAGGCAUUGUACACUUGGAGAGGCUACAUGGGAGUCAGAGGAUGACAUGCGUACUCGAUAUUCACAACUCUUUUAG